UAGGAAGGAGACUGUGGGUGGUCCUAUACUUUUGAAUUACUGGGCAAACGAAGAGUCAUUGGGCAGUAUCGAAGAAGAAAUACUAGGAAUUUCCUAAUUUGUGGUCACUUCAGAAAAAGAAGAAGUUGCUUCCCCAAAGAGAGAAACAGAUUCAGACCAGGCAUGUUUGAAGACGAAUUAGCACAACUCUUCAUUUCAUCCAUCUCUUUUCUACGGAGAACAACCCAUUAGACAGAGAUCCUGGAGUUUCUUUAAUAUCACAGCACACCUGUCCUGUGCUGGGUGGACACCUUCAAUCCCGGAGCAAUGGGCCCAGCUGUCUUGAUGUUCCUGAUAGGAGCAGCUGAUAUCUGGCGUGGAUCAGCAUCUCCAGCCAUCAGCCCUAAUGUCUCCACUGUGACUGUGAAUGAAGGAGACCCUGUAAGCUUACUUUGCUCUGGAAGUUCCAGGGUAGUGUGGCUUGGCAUAAAGAAUGGACCUACAGUAACUGUGCACAACAAUGGCACCCUCUAUAUAUCCAGUGCUAGUUGCAAGCACAUGGGAAAAUACCAGUGUGCUUACAUCAACAAUACCGAUGUGGAGACAGCCUCUGUAUAUCUGUCUGUGAGAGGUCCUCGUUGGUGUGUCCUUAAGGAGGCCAUUGAGGUGGUAGAAGGCAGAGAGGCAUUGCUUCCAUGUCUGAUUGAUGCCGCAGGAUUCACAGGCAAUGUCACCCUUCUAAAAAACUCAAGAGAAAAUAUCACCAAAGGGUUCUCUUUCAGUGCUCAGGAUGGAGCCCGUCUAGACAAAAUAACUAUGGAUGCAAAGGGCCGGUACCAGUGCCAGGCCCUAAUUCAAGGGCAGUUGGUGAAAUCCUCAAAAAUAUCACUUCGGGUUCGAGAAAACAAGCCUGUAUCUAUCUUCAUUAAGAGAAAAGAAUACGUGAGAAUACAGGGAGAACCUUUCAGUGUCACCUGCAGACUAAGUUACAAUUCCGCCGACUAUCUUGGCAAUUGGAGCCAUCCAACUGCAAAGGUCAAUUGGACUUCAAACGAAUACAUUGAUAAGCUGUCUAAUAAAUACACCACUGACCUCAUCCUAUACAUUCCAGCAGUGAAGUUAAGUGACGGUGGGAACUAUACUUGCUUUGGAAACAAUUCUGUAGGAUCUACAGAAUCUGCAGCAAUUAGCCUCCACGUGGCAGAGAGAGGCUAUGUACAUUUGUCCACCAUGCAGAAUACAAGCCAGGAGAUCAAGUUGCACGGAAGCCUGAAACUGAAGGUGCUUAUGGGGGCAUAUCCCACUCCUCUCUACUGGGGAUGGACACAUACGGACCCAUCAACUCGCUCCAAAACCUCCACAGACAAUGGGAGUAUGAGUUCUUUUGAGGACAGGUAUAACAACACAUUCAGACUGGACUGGAUGAAGGAAAGUGAGAGUGGAAUGUAUACAUUCUUUGCAGGGAAUGGCGAAGCCAAUGCUUCCAUUACUUUCAACAUCACGGUGAGAACCCCACCUAAAAUCAGUGUGACUGUCAAUGGUUCCAAAAGUCUUUUGUGUAUAGCCAGAGGCUAUCCUGCUCCCCAUGUUGAGUGGUAUAAAGUGCCCUCCUCCCACUAUGCAAGCAGUUGCAACCAAGGUGGAACACUGGUUAAGAAUGACACCAGCCCACAGAUCAUGGAUGAAAUUCCCUUAGGAAGAGUGUCAUUGAAGAGCGAGUAUGUAGUUAAAGAGAUUUGGAGAAACUGGACAUUUUGCUGCCUAGCAGUUAAUACUGAAGGGAAUGAGUCCCGCCGCAUUGACACACCAUCAGUGGAAAAAAUAAUCCUGCCAGAACCAACAGGGACCUCCAGAACAGUUAUUCUAAGCUUUGUCGGAACACUGGUUUUCCUUCUUCUGUGUAUCCUCUUCUUAUUCUACAAAUAUAAACAGAAACCAAAGUACCAAGUUCACUGGAAGAUCAUUGAGGCCUGUGAAGGAAACAAUUACAUCUUUAUUGACCCCACCCAGCUUCCUUAUAAUGAGAAAUGGGAGUUUCCCAGGAACAACUUGCAAUUUGGAAAAACUCUUGGAGCCGGAGCAUUUGGAAAGGUCAUCGAAGCCACAGCUUUUGGGCUAGGGAAAGAAGAUUCCGUCUUGAAGGUGGCUGUGAAGAUGCUGAAAUCAACAGCAAAUACUGAUGAGCAGGAAGCCCUCAUGUCAGAGCUGAAGAUCAUGAGCCAUUUAGGCCACCAUGAGAACAUUGUCAACCUGCUGGGCGCUUGUACUCAUGGAGGCCCUGUCUUUGUCAUUACGGAGUAUUGUCCUUAUGGGGACUUGCUGAAUUUCUUGCGAAAGAAAGCCGAGCGUCUCAUCACCCAGGAUUUAACCUUGGAGUCCUCUCUCGAUAGCACAACAGCCGACUACAAAAAUAUCUACCUUGCAAAGAAAUAUGUCCGAAGUGACAGUGGACUUGGAAGCCACACUGUGGACACCUAUCUGGAAAUGAGACCAGUGACAGCAUCAGCUACUGUACCAGCAAAAGGAAAGAGUUCAGAGUCAGCAGAAGAAAAGGAUGAUAGCCAUCCUCUGGACCUGCAUGACCUGAUGCAGUUCUCUAACCAGGUGGCCCAAGGAAUGGACUUUCUUGCCUCAAAAAAUUGCAUCCACCGAGACUUGGCAGCAAGGAACGUGCUCGUGGCUGACGGACGAGUGGCCAAGAUCUGUGAUUUCGGCCUGGCGAGAGACAUUAUGAAUGAUGCAAACUAUGUCGUCAAAGGCAAUGCUCGCCUGCCAGUGAAGUGGAUGGCACCAGAGAGCAUCUUUGAAUGUGUUUACACAGUACAGAGUGAUGUGUGGUCUUAUGGCAUCCUUCUCUGGGAGAUAUUCUCACUAGGCAGGAGCCCCUAUCCUGGCAUGAAGGUGAACAGCGACUUUUAUAGGAUGGUGAAGCAGGGAUACCAUAUGGCCAGGCCAGAUUUUGCUCCAGAUGACAUUUAUAAUAUCAUGAAGGCAUGCUGGAAUCUGGAGCCCACACAUCGCCCUACUUUCAGUCAGAUUUGUACUUUCAUACAAAAGCAGCUGGAUGCAAGCAAGGAACAGGAUUAUACGAACUUGCCCAGCAACACAGAUGAGGACAGUGGAUGUGAUCCAGCCAGCUACUGUGAAGAAUCCUGUGAGUCUGGAGAGAGCAGCCAACCCCUUCUGAACAGCAACAAUUACCAGUUCUGUUGAAGGCUAUAUCACCACAGCCUACUUGAUCACUCUGUUUCAGCUAGGAUAUGCAGAUCAUAUGUAGCUAACCCUAUCUGGGCUUUCCAUAGCAGAAAAAUGUGACCCCCCCUCUCGUACACUCGUCGCAAGUUACAACCUGCCCUGAAAGCCACUCCGAAACAUUAAACGCUGGCCAUGAUUAUUACAUCUCUUUCCCUUAACAAAAUGGUAAUGGGUUUAUCUUGAUCUAGCUUCGUUUGGAGUAAGUAAGAAACUCAGCCAGGAUCAGCAUACCAUUGCAUGUUAAGCAUCAGUCCUAUGUAUACACGUGCUUGCAAGAGGCAGAAUGGAUAUACAGAAACCUUGAUUUUAAAGUUGCAUUUCAUAUCCACAUUACUGGCCAUCAGUUCAUAAGAGCUGAAAAAGACAGAUUGACUGAAUCUGUUCUUUAUCUUUACACGUUUCUUCUAAACACAGUAAUAUCUAGGAGUCAACACAAUUGCCCAAUAUGAACUUUUUCUCUGUGAUGGGCCAUUUAUAUUGCAGGUUAUGAAAUAAUGACUGUAUAUGUCUGAACAAAGUUUAGCCUGAGGCAGAUUUUCAUGGUUCUUGUGAUAUAUGAAUUUGGAAAAUAUACUGACCAAGCUUCUUGGUAAUGGUUGGGCUUUAUGAGCAGAAAGUGUUUUAUUAAAGAACCUGAUCAACAAUGGUGCUGCACUGCCUCUCCCCUCCCAUCCAGCCCCUACUUGGAGUCCAGCAACCACUAAGCCCAGCUGCUGUGCCCUCUAUUGGCAACACCAGUAUGGCUGAUAGGAGCAGUUUCAACAGCACUGGGCUCCUACAACUCCUGGCCAAAGACUGCUUCUCCAAACUCACCGGCAGCACUGCAGCAGGCCUGGGUGGUCUCUGGCCUCAGGUAUGCCGGUGUCUCCACGGUGCCUGGUAGUGCUGUGGGACACAGCUUUGUCAUGGAUCAGGCCGUAAACUGAUGAAUCAAAAGUGGAACUGAAAAAUACUGAAGCAGCUAAACCAAGAGAGCCGCUAUGACUCAUGUCCCACGUGAACAGGACUGGUUAUUGGUACAGGCAGCCCUCAACUUUAAGGGGUUCAAUUUACAACCAACAGCACUUCUGACAUUGGUAACCUGCCAAUUUGUUUCAGCUUUACAACUGUGUUUGAUCUUUACAACACUUGCUGUGGGAAGGGAGGCUCUGCUACCCAGUUGCCUCCCUUCUUUCCCUUCUCUGAAAAAGUGAGGAUGAUCCAGGAGGGGAGACAACUGGGGAGCUCACCUCUGUCUCCUCUUGGGUAAAUGGCUAGCUGGAGAAGGAAGGAGGGUGGGCUGGAAGCAGCAUGUGGGCUGCGAGGGAAUGAGCCAGGUUCUCUUGCUGUCAUCACAAUGUGACCGAGUUAGAUGGGAGGUGGCAGCUGGCACCCCAACAGGUAUCCAGAUGCAUGCAGCAUCUCACUGAUGGACAGAGUGAGCAACUUCUGAUUCACCACCACCAUCUUCUCUAUGUGUCUGUGUCUGAUACACCAUCAGCUUUGACAGCAGCAUUUUAAAAAAAAGAGCAGAGCAGGGGUGUAUCUGGCCUUGCUUCAGGAACAGCCUCCCCAUUUACAACAUUGUUCCCUAUGGAAAAACCAGUUUCAUGUUUCAACAAGACACAGUUUUCAGGAACCAAUAGUAUCAUAAGUCUGAGGACUGCUUGUAAGAUGGAAUGUUCUCAAAUUAAGCUAAUGUGCAUGUAUGUUAAAUAGUAGUAAUUGCAAUUUGUUAAUGUUUGGAAUUUAAAACGGGUAAGCUACAGGCAAACUUUGGCUAAGAUUGCUGAUAUUUGUUAUUUGAUUAGGGCUUUUUCUUAAGAAAAAAAUCAAUGCCAGUUUAAAAAACAUAAGACUGUAGAAAUAGGUGAGCAGAGCUCAUGUAGAAUAUGAGCUCACCUUUAUUCCUCAGUGUGUUACUAGUUCUGUAAUUGAAGCACUGUAGCAGCAGGGGGUGAGCACAAAUAGAUUUUUUUUUUCAUUUUGAUUUGUACCUGAAUUGAAUAACCCCUAUUUGUUUUGGGUCCAAAUCUGCCCCCCUCGAAUCACCCAAUUCAAUUUGUACCCAAACUUUCUGAAUCCAAAUUGAUUUGGAUAAAAGAAGGGUCCCGAGGCCAAAAGGGUGGGGGUGGGUGGUAGUGCCCAUUUCAAAGGAAUUGGGCAAAGGGGUGAUUUUUGAAGAUGGCAUGUCUUUUGGGCAGAAAAGGGAUUUCGGGGGCAGAAGAGUGGGUCUAGUGGUAGUGCCCCAAUGGGUGCUUGCUACUAACCAGAUUUCAAAUAAAUUGGUGAAAGGGGUGAUUUUUAAAGAAUUUCUGAAGUUUGCACAUCUUUAAGCUUCCCCCCCCCAGGAAAUAAUGGGGAUUUCAGCAGCCCCAUAACUAGGUUGGCCCAGAGCGAGUGGUGGUGUAGUGCACAUAGGGUGCCAACCACCCCCAAACCCACAAGCCCCUGGGGCACUGGGUUGUGUUGUUCCUGAGAAGUUCUGAGAGUAGAUUCUCUGGUAGCAAAUGAGAGUGGAUUCAAUGAUUCCUUUGAAAUCUGGGUGGUAGCUGAAAUCCCCAUUAUUCCCUAUGGGGAAAAACUUAAAGACACGCCAACUUCAAAAGUUCUUUAAAAUCACCCCUUUGCCCAAUUUCUUUGAAAUAUGGGUGGUAGCUUCCACCCAUUGGAUACUACCACCCAACUCAUUUUGGCCUCUGAAAUCUCCAAAUUUUUUGGAUCCGAAUCUGGGGUGAGUUGUUUUGUGUCGAGUCUGGGCAAGUGAGGACAGGGGUGAUUUGUUUUAUCUACAGAUCACCCAAAUUCAGGUACAAAUCAUUUUGUACCCGAAUCAUUUCACACAUCUCUAGUAGCAGCUCUGCAUUUGUACUGCCCCAAGUUGCUACAAGAAAUGUUGUGAUGUAUAUAUUUGCACUGUUAUCAAACAAUGGAAUCAAGAGUUUCAAAGAACUGUAUUACAGCAAAACAGAAUGUUUUACAACAAUUGAUUUUUCUACAGGUUUUCUAUAAAGGAUACUAAUCUUGCUAAGCAGCCAACUUUGUAGUCUUAAGGAAAUUAAAGAAUCAGCGAAUGAAACUUAGCCUCAUCUGACUAUUCAAGUUGAUUGUUAUUACAAAAUGUAUUUGCACUGACAUAAGGAUGGGUAGUAUUUCUUUUUCUGGAUAAGAAUGCCAAACUAGCUAGCUGAUUUCUAACACAAACCACUACCACCACUUACUUCUUGGCAGGUCACUUUUAAAUCAAUUAACUGAUGCGUAUAUUAAAAAACGUCUUCCUAUUAAGUAAAUUACAAAUGUUCAUUUAAAAGACAUGAAAAUAAAUCACAUUUGAUUAAUCAAA